AUGUCGUCGAUCGGCGCCGGCGCAGGAGGAGCCGUGGUGGGGGCGGCCGUGGCGGCGGUGGCGGUGGGCGGCGGGGCGCCGCCGCACGUCCUCGCCGUGGACGACAGCUCGGUCGACCGCGCCGUCAUCGCCGGCAUCCUCCGGAGCUCCCGGUUUCGUGUGACGGCUGUGGAUAGCGGGAAGAGGGCCCUGGAACUGCUAGGCUCGGAACCAAAUGUGAGCAUGAUAAUCACGGACUACUGGAUGCCGGAGAUGACGGGAUACGAGCUCCUGAAGAAAGUCAAGGAGUCAUCCAAGCUGAAGAAGAUCCCCGUGGUGAUCAUGUCCUCGGAGAAUGUGCCAACAAGAAUCAGCAGAUGCCUUGAGGAAGGCGCGGAGGAUUUCUUGGUGAAGCCCGUCCGGCCAUCCGACGUGUCGCGGCUCUUCAGCCGCGUGCUACCAUGAGCCUCGCCGCCGCCGCUGCCGACUCACCGGCCAGCCGGCGGCGCAGUCACGCACGGCGGCGGACGCAUUGUUUGUUUCGGAGACUUUUGAAAGAGCAGGAGAAACGGUGCAACCCUGCCUUGAUCACUUGACGAAUGAAUUCUCCAUUUUUUUUCUCGUUGGGGUCGUCUUCUUGUCUUUGUGUAACUUGUUGCAAGCUAGUAUUAAGACAGAGGGAACUACUGAACUAUUGAACAGAGCAUAUGGUCUCUGUUUCUCUCUUUUUUUUUCUCCUUUUUGUUGCUUUCAGUUUCUUGAAGUUAAUUUAAAGGCGGUGACAAUGGAGUUCCUAACUUGAGCCUAAA